AUGGAGUAUGACAAAGCUAUUCAAGAAAAUCUUUUACGAAUUGAAAAUUUAACAUUAGAGAAAGCCAUUCAUUACUGCAGGACAUCUGAACAGAGUAAAAAACAAGUACAGCAAAUGAAUACAAGCACCGCAGUAGAAGUGGACGUGUUGAAAAAGACGAUUAACAACACAUUUUCAUGCAUGAGAUGCCAGAAACAACAUGGUCCGAGACAAUGUCCAGCAUUCGGGAAUGUGGGAUACUCUAUCAUUUUGCAGUCAGUUGCAGAAAGAUACCCCAACAUGCCAAGAAAGUUAAAGAAGUAA